AUGGACUCACUCUUUGCUUUAUUUGAUUAAUUCUUUAGAAUAAAUCUGGCACAAUAUCCAUAGAAUUAAUAAGCCUAUUUGUCUGAAAGUUGGGAAUAAUUUUUAUGCUUGUUAUAAACAUAACCAUUAGAUUAUGGAAAGAUUUAUACAUUGAUAAAUAGGAUAAAUUAUGAGGAUUUGAAAGUAGAAAAGAAUGAAAGAUAGAGUUCAAGUUAAAGAUAUAUUGCUAGAAAUAUUACAGCAGCCUCCUCUCCUAGGAUUGUCUCCUCAUCAGUAUCAAAAAAUAGCACCAAUGUUUUAUCCAAAAUAGCUUAGUUAGAUAGUGUUGCCAGUCCAAAAAUAGCAGUUUCAAAUCUUGCUAGUUAACAAUCCUUAACAAAUAAAACAUCUUUGUAAUAAAAUGUUAAAUAACAAUAAAUGACAGACGAAUUUAAUAGGCAUUUAUUGCUCAGCAAAAUUAAAGAACUUUAGUUUAACUAUUCUGUCUCUACAGAUAAAUUAUAUGCCAUUGCUAGAAUAUCACAUUCAAGAGGGGAAAAUUAGCCUACAUCUAAAUCCCCUAUCAAAUAUCCAUUAUCUUAGUACAUAAAUAAAUCAAGAGGAAGCAAUCAUUCAGCAGAACAUUAUAAAAUUGUAGUUUGA